AUGCCGAAAACUAACAAGACCGAAAAGAAAACGACUAAAACACAAGAAAAUGACGAACAGUCGGGAGAUGCUAGUGGAGAUGAAGCUAAUGCUAUCACGAGGAACGCUAGCCUUGACCCACAGCAAUACGCGUUGCUGGAGGGUAUCAAGACACUUUCACAAGAAUUAAAAGAAUUCAAAAACGAAAUGAAGCACGAUAUAGAAAAACUCAAAGAAGAUGUUAAAGCCACAAUGAAGGAAGAUCUCAGCAGAUUCAGGGAGGAAAUGAUGUGCGAGCUGCAGAACCAGAAGAGCAGUAUCACCGAGGUACAGACCCGUGUAGCUGAUCUGGAAGCUGCAUGCUUGGAAAUGAAAAAUGAGCUGCUUGAGACAUUAGAAAAGAACAAAGCUAUGAACGACAAACUUGUGGAUCUGGAGAGUCGAAGCCGGAGAAAUAAUCUUCGUAUCUAUGGAGUUCCGGAAGGGAAAGAAGGUAGAUCGGUCUCGGAGUUUGUCACCGAUUUGCUAAAUAAACAGCUGAAGCUACCAGACGGAAUGCGGACCUAUGAGAACGCGGUCGAAACGGCAUCGGAUAUGAUCAAGAAAGGCUUCGGCCUGACCUGGGUUCCAAAAGAAAACAAGCUAAGAUCGGCCAAGGAGAAGCUCGACUCGCUGUUGCCAUGGAAACGGAUUAUCAACACCGAUACAGGUCAACGCGCGAGGGAGAAGCUUACGGAGUUCAGACGCGAGGACCAGUGA